CGCUCCUGACGUGCCACAAACAAAUAAACCCAUUAUAUUGAUAAACAUAUACAAUGUUAUUGCUGUGAACGUUCUGUUUUCUCUGGGAAUACCGAAAGCCUAAUAAAAUCUAAAGCCUUAAAGCAAAUACUGAUUGUGUUGGAUCCCCCGCCGCGUUAUAUAUAGGAGUUUGAGUGAGGUGAAUUCAUUUGGUGCUGAGUGUAGAGUGAAGAUGAGUGGGAAGAAGUGUAGUGUGAGCAGUAGUUGCAGCAGCAGUGGGGAGGAGAAGUAUGAGAUGGUGCCACCGGAGGGGGGGUGGGGGUAUCUUGUGUGCAUCGGCCUGUCGGUUAUUUUUAUCGCCGGGACGGCCCACCAGCCCGUGUUCGGGUUCAUCUACAACGAGUUCUUGAAUGACGUCGGCGCGGGCACAGGCGCGGUCACAGUGGUCUAUGGAGUCUUCCAAGUCACGUUAGCUAUUGCAGGCUUUUCAGCAAACAUCGCUCUAAAGCGGCUAUCAUUAAGACAAGUGGGCCUCAUCGGAGCGUUUAUAUACACGCUGGCGUCCUUCCUGGCCAUUUUCGUCACGUCAACGACGCAAUUAAUCAUAACUAACGGGUUUCUCCAAGGCUUAGGGAUGGGUCUUCUCAUCCCUAUUUCAUACACUAGCUUCAACAGCUACUUCACGAAGAAGAAGGUGCUAUACCUAAGCCUUUGUAAGGCUUCAAUAGGCAUGAUCACUAUGGUGUAUCCGCUGUUCAUCAAGUUUACUAUAACGGAGUUCGGGUUCAGGGGGACACUGGCUGUAUUAUGCGCUAUUUCGGCGCACAGUAUAUUUGGGGCUGUUGUGAUGCAUCCGGUCGAGUGGCAUAUGGUGAAACAGAUGAAGCCGUGCGAGAAAAUAGUUCUGAUCCCUCCAACUCCCGCCGUCGAAAAUUCCCAAUUCGAAUUCACCAAAGACGGCAACACGCUCUCACCGCUGCCAACAAACGCCGCAAAAUCCGUAGAAAACCUGUACAUCCAGGCUCAAAUGACCAGAAAAUCCUCCGAUUUCCUCUUCGUACCGAAGUUAACCGAGUCGAGGAGAUUAAGCAUUCCUGUGGUGCUAAUACCCGAGGACGGGAAGACAGACAGCAGGUUCAACUCGACGGAUAAUGUGUAUCUCGAGAACUUGUACAAAGCAGCUUCGGUGUCGAGUUUGGGAAAUUUCGGAGGUAUCGCGGCUGAACCUAUGCCGAUCAUCAAGAAUAAGGACGGGAAAUGGCAAACUGUAGCCGAGUUCCUAGACCUGACCCUGCUGAAGGACUGGAUAUUCGACAACAUCGCUUUCGGGAUGUCACUAGCUUUCUUUGCCGACCUUACCUUCUUCACUUUGGAGCCUCUGUUUUUGGACAAUAAUGGAUUGAGCCGGGGCGACAUAGCAACGAUAAUAGCGGUAGGCGGGGCUACAGACAUGUCAGCAAGGUUGCUACUUGGCGUCACUGGUCACUUCUUCACCAUGAACAGCCGGUACAUGUACUACGCCGGAGCACUCUUCACUGCGAUAUUCCGGAUAGUUCUCUCCCAAUGCACCACGUACCUGCCGCUCCUGAUCUUGACUGGCAUCCUUGGCUCCUUACGGUCUCUGCUGCACAUAGCGCAGCCUAUAGUCAUGGCUGAGCAUGUUCCUAUUGAGCGGUAUCCGUCGGCCUACGGACUGUAUAUGCUGAUCACUGGAGCCUUGAGUUUGAGCGUCGGGCCUUUGAUAGGUUUCGUCCGCGACUACACAGACAGUUACGAAAUCGCCUUCUACAUGCUCACAAUCUGCAACCUUUGCUGCGUGGUCCCUUGGACCAUUGAAGCCGUCAUCAGGUUCUCAAGCCGAAAAACUGCUCAUCUAGAGACGUGAACCUAAAUAAUGUGAAGGACACUUCAUGAGCAAAGACUGCGAUGUAUUAUAGUGUAGCUAGUAAAUACAAUUAUAGCUCGUGCGAUUGCUUGAUAUGGCAAUAGACAUGAAGUCUUAAGACCAGUGGUGUAAUCAGACAAAGAGACCUUUUGCCCAUGGCGACGCAUUAAGGCGGACCCUGCGAAUAGUCAUUGAAUGAACGCCUAAGAGCAGAGUAGAUGCGCAAUUGUUCAUGGCUGGAAUACAUAGAUCACGCUGCGCCGCUGCCAAAGACAGUAUGGUCUAGAUAUAUUUGCCUAGAAUGACCACUAGAUAAAAGUAGAAAAUCUCUGAGCUGCGCGGGUCUAUGAAAGUUGAUAUGACCACUGCGCAGAACGGUUUAAGCAAGACGAUAACUGGAGGAAUCCUGGGAGCAAGAAAAUGAGUGAUAAUUGUAGAACCACAUUGACGAUGACCGUGACUCUUGGCAGUUUUUUUUUAAAUUAUAAAUGGCCUUACUCUUGGCCACAGACUAGCCAAAGGCAAAGGCGUGGCCUAUGAUGGAGUGAGCUCACCUAGAAAAUGCCUGUUCACCCUAAAUUUGAAGGUUGCAGCGUUAUAUGAGCUCGGAAAUAUAGUAUAGUAAAAUUAUAGUCAAUUAAAUGAUUCAGGUAUUCAUGUUUAAAAGGAGCCCAGUAAACGUGGUUGCCAGUCUUUAUUUUGUUCGAUAGGUGUUAUUUUGUGCCAAAGUGUAGAUAAAACUUAACUUCAAAACAAGUUGUACUUGUCAAAAAUGCGAGCCGGAUGUUGCAUAGCAUGUCAUUUAAGUGACAAUAAAAUGUAAAUAUAUAUAAAUAUGGAAAUUCAAAAGAAGUGAAAUGAAAUGAAUGAAAUAAUUCACGACCAUCUUGAUAAGAGCCCGGCCCGCAAAAGAAAUGAUAAG